AGUAUUUCGAAACGCGGGAAAGGAAGUAACUCUCCCGUUCGAGAGUUGGUGCUAAAACUACAAUGAUGGUGAGAGGACUGUUUUGAUCUCAGUGGCCAUGGCAACCUGGAGGAUGGACACCAAACGAACCGCCUAAUGAGUAGUUUAGCAUGCCUGAUCCAUUCCGAAUUCAUGCUUUUCUUUCGUAUUAGUGGUUGGAGAUCGCUCCGAUGUCGAACGGAAGUCUUGAAUGUGACGUGCGGAUCGACCGCGGAUCGAAAUUGGGACUGCGCCGAGCAUUUUCAUCAUUUUAAUAAAUCGUCUCACGAAAAAUUCGUGUAUUAAGCACACGAAAUUUAACGGCAACGACCUGGUUACGGCAGACACUUGAUGAGACUGUGUAGGUAGUGCUUUCAAAUCGUUUGUCCCCGACGAGAGAUGUUCGAUCACUCUUUGCCGCUGUUGUUCUUGAAUCUCGGGGGUGAGAUGAUGUAUAUUAUCGACCAGCGCCUCAAGGCUCAAGAGGUUGACGUGGAGAAAGCCAAAACAGUGCUUAACGACAUCGGGAAGAUAAUGCUGAAUCAAAGAUGUUUGGAUGAGUUGUUCAAGCCGCAGGAGGUGUACAAUCGUCAAGCCUUGAAAACUCUAUUCCAUGACCUGGCUCACGCCUCCAUAAUGCGGCUCAACGAAAUCAGUAUGGAUAAACUUUUCGAUUUGAUGAUCAUGGUGUUCAAGUACCAGCUCGUCCAGUGCUCCAAGCCGCAAGAUCUUCUCCUCAUUACUCUUAAUCACCUUGACUCUAUUCGUUACCUUCUUACCACACCAUUCUGUCACAAACAGCUUGAUGUUACCUAUUUCAUGUUGAUCAAGACUUACAGUCAGGUCACAAGUGGGGAUUUGCAAAACAUACGGUUCCAUCUACUCAGCUUCUUCCAGGACAUUCGAAUACGGGUCUCUCUUUUCCUUCGCCAGGGUCUGCAAAAUAACGAUGGUGGUUUCAUCAUAUCAACUAAUUACACCUUGCCCUAUGAGUAUGAGGUGCCAGGCAGCAUUAGACUUUACAAUUCUGAAGGUUGCAUCUGUGAUCUUCUUAACUUCUCACCUGGGGGUAAAUAUACUCAAGCUCCAGAACCAAGCUCCUUAGAAUUGAGGGGGAAAAGGUGCACUACCUUAGGCACCAAUGUAUAUUCUGCCAUUAAGCCACACAAAAAAGAGGAUGAAAAUUUUUGGAGCACUUGUGAUAGUGUUAGUUCGGAGCAAUGGCAUUUCACAGACACUGAUUGUGGAUUGCGAGAGGAACUUAAUUUGUUGAUAAAACAGCUGGGAAAUAGGCAAGAUACUCAGGGAGAAGGUUCUCUCUCAUCUGUAACAACUUUCAACCUCUUCGAAGAGGACACUGAUCCCACAAGGUUAGUUCAAAGCAUCCGUUUCCCUAUUUUCGUUGGUUUAUAACGGCAUGAAAGCCAAAUUCUAAUUAGUUGACAGUACAUUUUUCUCUAGAUGAUUUAUAUUUUGCAAAAACAAUCAAUAUCAAAGACAAUCCUGACAUAAUGAGAUAGAUCAAAAUAGAAGGGCAGUAUGAAAAAUUGGUGUAGUGGUCAGACCAGUCAAACUUAUUUAUUUCAAGUGUUCCUCGGUGUGAAAAUCACUCCUGUCCAUAAGCAAAUCUACAAAAAAAAAA